GUGGAGUCGGAGUGCGACUCGGUCCGUCAGUCCGCCCUGCCUGCCGCCGCCUGGUCGACACCGGCAACUGCGUCCUGGCAUCAUCAUCCGGUCCUAACCCCCAAUUUGAUUCACAACAUUUCAAAUGGCCGUCACUACCGCCAAUGGCAGCCCCGCAGGUAGGGCUGACGUUGGACUGGGCAGACCAUCAUCUUCGUCUGGCAAGCCGACGACCUUGACCACAUCCCUCUCCCUCUCCGGCUCCCUCUCAUCGUCAUCCUCUCAAUCACUCUCCCCGCUCCCCCUCGCACGAUCCGAGUACUCAUCAGCCGCCCAUGCAUUCAUUCAACGCAACCCGCUCAAGUCCCUCAAGGAUCUUGAAGAGGCGCGACGACUGCUGUUCGCUGUCAUCACAUUCGAGGAUCCAGUCCGCAAGCUCGAAGGAUGGACGACGCUGAGGGAAAAGGUCGUCAUUCUGUGGAUCACCUUGCUGGUCAGCAUAUGGAAGAAGGAGCACGGUGUUCUGAGCUUUGACGAGCUCCCAACGGCUACUCGUGAGCUCCUGAAAGGCUCGACCAGGGCGGAGAGCUUCCUGCCCAAGCUUGUUUCGGAGGUGCUCCUCAGCUGGGCGCAGUCAGCAUCCGAUGUCGAUUCCCUCCGCUCAGCCAAUCCGACCAUUGAAGUUGGCGCAGACGCUUCAGGUGUGGCAAAGAAGCAGCUCUACGCCUCUUUACCCUCGAGCGUGGCAGCUAGUCUCGUAAUGGCCGCUCUCGGCGUAGAGGAGGCAGCCGGCAACUCGACAUCUACUGGCCAAUCUACACCUUCUCCAUCAGCAGUCCCCAUCGCACGGUCGCUCGCUGAGACACUCCUUACGGCUUACACGAACGCACACGAUGCGGACAGCAAGACUGCGAGUGCUCUCGCAGCAUAUGGCAGAGUCAUGGAGCUCUACGCUGUGCACGUCCUGGGUGUGCGCUGCGGCCAGUGGGACUACGCGGAUCAAGUCGUUAGGCUGAGCCUGCUGGAGGAUGAAGCUAGAGCGAGACUCCUCCUUGCCCUCAGCCGUGCCCAAACACACAUCGUCACCCGCCCGCAACGUCGUGCCUCUGCAGCGCUUGCACAGCAGAAGGCCUACGAGGCAGAAAAGCAGCGCAGAGCCAGCGAGGCGAAGACGAGAGCCGAAGCAGAAGCGGAAACGAUUGAUGCUGCCUCAAGUACAGCUGCUGGGCCAUCGAAAAGAGGUGGCAAGACCUCGCGUCCGCGGGCAGGAAGACAGAGCAGCCACGAUGACGGCUAUCUUUCGGGCGCAUCUACGGGGCCUGAGUCAUCGCACGCUUCAGCGGCCGAGUCGGAGGGUGAGGGCACAUCAUCUCCUUCCUCGUCCAGGAGGAGCAGACCACGCAGCAGCAACGGCUCUCCGACGGACGAAAAGUCAGGCUUCGCGGCUACUCGGGCCAACCUGAGUCGAGAUAUUGCAAAGAACCGGCAGAAGGAUGAAGCUCACUCUGCGUCCAACGACACAUCUGGUAGCUCUUCCGUAGCGGCUAGAUCUCAGGCCUCGUCCGCAACGUCGAGGACCUCCUCAGGCUCUCUGACCCUCCUUCAAACAUGGCUGAAGGCAUUCAAAUCGCUGAACCUCCCGAUGAUGGUUUCUGUCCUCGCUCCCAUGAUCGUGCUGCUCAUGAGCGUGAGAAGGCUGAUGCUCAGGAGAGGGGGAACCGGCGUGGCGGAGGGCCGUCGAGCAGCAGUGAACAGUGCUCGAGGCGGCAGAGGUGGCGAAAGGGGAGAGCAGGGAGCAUUGAUGAAGGCUCUCGGCAGAUUGUGGGCUACAGCAAGGAUGGGUACACAAGUCACGUAUUUGUAAUCAGGCGUUUCGAGAGGUGUUGAUGGAAUCCAAGGUGCAAGCAGUACCGAGUUGCGUCUUUGCAAGAUGAUCCUUUGGCAGGUGGCGCAGAAGGGGCUUCGACGCAUGGUAGCUUGGCGUCGUUGACGUGUUCGCUUGUUCAGGCAAUCUCACGCCAUGACAACCCAAACAAGGAUGUCCAUGAAGCCAAGCAGAAGUCGGGGUACGGCGGCGCCUG